AUGCAUUUCAGGUCACGCUCUUUUGAAAGAAAAGAUCGAGCUGCCUGCCUUUUUUGUGGACUAUUUCUCAUUGAAGAUGUGCAAAACGAUGGGGAAGUUCAAGGUCUGCUUUUGCUUUUUAAAUGGCAGCGAUGUGUAACGCUAAAACUUAUCAGGAUUCUAUGGACGUAG